AUGGGCCCCGGGCUGCAGCGAGCACUCCACCGAGUGGCCCCUUCUCAAGACACAGCCAUGCACGAGACAGCAGGCUCCAUCACCAGCCACUGGGGGACCACGAGCCGCAGUUACUUCUGCUUCACCACGGCCACCCUGGCUGUAUGUCUCAUCUUCGCUGUGGCGACCAUCAUGGUGCUGGUGGUUCAGAAGUCGGACUCCAUUUCAACUCCCCCAGGAAAAUUCCCCCUUAAAGGAGGAGAUUGCUCAGAGGACAUCUUAUGUAUCCUGCAAAGGGCUCCUUUCAAGAAGUCAUGGGCCUACCUCCAAGUGUCAAAACACUUAAACAAAACCAAGUUGUCUUGGAACCAAGAUGGCAUUGUCCAUGGACUCAGAUAUCAGGAUGGAAACCUGGUGAUCCAGUUCCCAGGUUGGUACUUCAUUAUUUGCCAACUGCAGUUUCUGGUGGAAUGCCCGGAACAUUCUGUUGACCUAACAUUGGAGCUACUUAUCAACCAAAAUAUCAAAAGGCAGACUUUGGUGACAGUAUGCGAGUCUGGAGUGCAAACCAAAAACAUAUACCAGAACCUCUCUCAGUUCCUGCUGGAGCACCUCCAGGUCAAUACCACCAUCUCAGUCAAGGUGGAUAAGUUCCAGUAUGUGGAUACAAAUACCUUUCCUCUUGAGAAUGUACUGUCCAUCUUCUUAUACAGUAGUUCAGAGUGA